UUUUGGGUGGUGGGUACGUGGAGAAGAUGCGGUCCAUCCAGCUGUCCCUCGGAAUGCUAGCCAUCUUGACCAUGACUGUGUAUGUCCCAUCUACACAUGGAGUGCCUUUUUUCCUACUAGGUAAGCUGGAAUACAGGCUAGAUGACACAGAUAACCGAGUGCUUCCGGAGAGAGAAGAUACAAAUCACAAGGACACACUGCUUCCUCUGCUUAAUAAGAAGUUUGCAUGGAGGACACCAGGAAAUUUUGACUGGGAGCUGGCAAAGAAAUUUGACGACUUUGAACAGCUGUUGAAGUUUAAGGAUCAGCUCUCAGCUGAGGAAGGGUCAGAGAUGGCCGAUGCCUUGGAAAGUCUCUCAGCAUCCCAGCCCAAAAAACGUGCCUGCUUUUGGAAAUACUGCAUCUGA